CACACAGCAGUCAGUAGUUUUAUUUCGGUUGUUUAGCAGUUCCAGGUUGCAGACUAGACAUUUUAAUUAAGUGACCAAGCUGCACCUGCUCUCCGGCAGGUUGAUGUCGUAUUCGAUGAUGUGGGAUUCCUCACAGCAAUCAAGACCUUCAUGACGACUACCAAGAGACCUGUGAUACUGACCACUAGUGGUGUCUGUGUAUAUACUGAAAAAUAUGAGUUCAAUCUGUAUUGAAAAUGAUGUGAAGUUGAAUCAUAACAUGAAAACUGUCUUCAGAUCCCUCCUUCAAGGCCUAAGUUUGGCGGCGACUUUGAAGCGAUCCUUUUUAAAACAACCUUCAGUAGUAAGUCGAGCAUCUUGGCACCAUUGCAUCCCCUCACCUAAUGUGCAUGAUAUGAAGCUGCUACUCCAUUUAGUUUCUGUCUGUCGUGCACCCUCCCAGGUGAACGUUUGCAGUUAUCUGCAGCUGCUGUGCCUGGCUGAGAACGUCAGGAUGGAUGCUGGGGACAUCACCUCUCUGGUGAGCCUGAACCAGAUGCACAUCAGACGUACCCUACUGCAGCUCUGGAUCUGCAGUGGAGGAGGACAGGCAUCUCAGAGGGCAACCCCACUGAAGGACCCUGCAGGUAUGGAACUCUGGCUGUUGCUGCAGUGGGUGACAAUGCUUCUUCCCGCCAUCCUCCGUGACGUGGGCUGCACUUCGAGCAUGCUGGGGCUCCUGAACUCUGGCCCCAGCCAUGACCUGCAGACCACUCUAAAGUGUCAGUCCUGGGCUAGACCAGACACCAUCAAGCUGAUGGAGAUCCUUACUGAGGUGUAGCUUUACUCUACUCGAACCUGCAGCUCCUUCUUCCCCUACCAAUCAGGACCCAGCCCAGUCCUUUCCUCACCCCAAAGAAAGUGACUCACUCUAGGCUUCAGAGUGAGCCAACACCCCCUGACAUCCACCACCCUCAGGUCCCACUGAUCCUGGAUCAGACCAGUUAAGGUGUCCUCCGGCUCCAGGCCGAGGAGAAAAAUGUCUGGCAACAUCUGAUUCCAGAUCAGCUCACAUGUUAGUAAAGCCUUAGAGCCUCACUGUCUGAGGGCUCAUCCAAGUGUAUCAAAUAUUACUGAGACUGUUGAUGACAAACUGAGAAGGCGGCAGAUGGCUUGGUGUACCACUGCUUAGAUGCAAUAACUGACUUUAUGGACCUCAUGUCCUUCAUUGAUACCUCUCUACCGAGUGAGUCUCCACAUAAGGCUGGCCCAUGCAGACCAGGGGCGGAGGUUAAGGACGGACUGCUAGAUGAGAGAGGAUGGGGGCUGUAGGUGGUGGGGUGAGAGGACAUUGGAAAUCCAGGCUGCAGUAGAGGGCCUGGGCUUCCAGAGGUGCCUGGCCAGGGUGUCUGAGGGAUGGGCUGGAUCCCAGAGGGUGAUGGAGAAACUCAACCUCCCCGUCGCCCCACCCAGACGGGGUUUCAACGUCAGUCAGACCACUUCCUGUGAUCCUAGGUGACUGCAGUUUCCUGAGCAUUAUUUUUUUCACUGUCAGAAAUACAUUGGUGGCUCAGUCCUCUAAAUUACCAUACAUGCUUAUGUGAAGUUAGCACACACAUUUGUAAUGCUGUUAGAAUUAGGUUCAAUCAUCAGAACUGUCCUCUCAAACUGAGCCUUCUGCACCUUGGGAAACAAGCAAGCUGUUGCCGUGGACUACCUUCCUGUCCUCUGCACCAUGUGCCAAUCAGAGAGAACUCAGGAGCAGGGCCAAGGCAGGUGAGUCAAUACACUGCACGAGAGCACCAUAGUAAUUUCUA